CUCCCGUCCGUCCAUCCAUCCGAGCAACUAGCAAGCUCCUCCCCCGAGUUAUUGCUCCUCUCUCUCUCUCUCUCCAGGACGCCUUCUCUCCUACUCCCAUCCACGACCACGACCACCGUGCGUAAAAAUCCCCAACAAUGCCAGUAGCCUUUGUCCUUACAUGGCCAGGACCAGGCGCAGCAGAAGCCCUCGCUCUCCCUGCUACCACUUCCUGCUGAGACAAGAACCAGAUCGCCGCUCCUCCUCCGGGCCCACCCACUAGCCAGCCAAUUCAUGGAUCACCGGAAGCAGCAGCGGAGCGGCGGCAGCGCGGCCAAGAACGGCGGCGGCAAGGGGAGCGGCAAGGCGGGGGGCGGGGGCAAGAAGCCGAUCAAGGUGGUGUACAUCUCCAACCCCAUGAGGGUCAAGACCAACGCCGCGGGCUUCCGCGCCCUCGUCCAGCAGCUCACCGGCCGCCACGCCGACCCCUCCAAGUACAGCGCCGACGACGAGUACGCUGCCGCGCAGGCGCAGAAGGAGCUCAGCCCCGAGGGGAGCGCGGCUGCCUCCACGCUGGACGCGGUUGCCCCCGGCCCCGCCGCCGCGCCGGAAUUCGCCGCGGGGCCGUACGGCGACGGCGACGGCGACGAGGAGGGGGAGGACGACGACAUCUUCGGCUCGCAGCUGCUGGACACGGACUACGCCAUCCUCUCGCCGCCGCCACUGCUCUUCGACUACCCGCACGGCAGCAUCAGCAAGCCACCAGGAUACCCAGCUUCUACCUUGGUCGGCACCAGGUUAACAGAUUCUAGAGCUCACUAG